UACUAGUAUACAUAGUCCUGCUAGUAGCCUGGUAUGGGGACCCUAUAAUAUCGAUAGAUACGGAGGCCAAUUCAACCACAACCUACAUGGAAUCCUCGAGUGCAUGGGACCAGGAUUUGGAUCGUAUCGAAAAGGCGAACCGAAUCUUGGCGGCGACCAAGAAGAAGAAACGAGUGACAGUCAAACGACCUGUUUCUGUGGCGACCAGGAAGAAGAAACGAGCCAAACGACCUGUUGCCUAUGACAAACUUGCGUCUACUGAAAGCGACGAUGGCAGUCUUUCUCCCGCUGUGGCAACAAUUAUGCUUCCUGGAAUCAAUGGUCAGAUUGCGUAACCGAGCAAGGAGAAUUGCCUCGUCCCUGAAUCAAAAUAAUUCACAACGCUAAAACGUGAUGGCAUCUACUCCGUUGCUCAUGGUGCUGUAUUUUAUACACGGCUCCCGUGAAUGGCAAUCAGAUUGUACUACCGUACUAUACUGGUACCGGUAGUACAAGAUUUGGCCAUUUCACACAUGUGAGUACGCAGAUGCACUACCAGUACUCGUACGACAAAAUAAUACAGAAAGAAAAUUUUCAUUGCCGUGAGAUUCAGAUUUUCCGGUGAACUCCGG